AUGCAAACUAAACGAAAACCGGAGGUCAGCGACAUUCACCUCUCAUGGAAGAAUUGGACUGGAAAGAAGAACUAUUACGUUGCGAUCCUUUAUGCGGAUGACCGAUCAAGUGAACUAUCUCACCGACCAAAGUCGAACUUCGAGCUGAAUGGGCUCUCGAAGGAGAAGGCUCUUGAAGCACCAAACUCGCGACAAAAAGUUCGCCGAUUCCGGGUGAUUUAUGCUUUAAUGUCACGCUUCGUAAAUCCAGGGAAAGGGAACCAAGACUCGAUAGAAUCAGGCGAUUUUUGGCAACGCUAUGAUAUUUUACGAAGUGAUUCAAGGAGCGGUUGCGACGCAGGACGACAGCGCAGAAAAGUCGUAAUGCCAAAC